UUAAAAUAUGCGAAAUUAUUCGAAACAAAUCACAAGCCUAAACAGGGUAAGAUCUGAUUUGGUCCUGGGUCUUGAAAUCUUGAUGGGAGUCAUUAAGGGGAUAAACUAGCUGAUUUAGGUUACCUCUCCAGGGAGAAGAAACAUCUCUUUAGAUGCUAUUGAGCAAAAGGAAUUAAUGAGGAAUAUUCAUAUAAAAAUGAAAAAUAAUGUUUCUCCAAGUCAAAGGAAAAUGGCAGAGUUUAGGAAAAAGCAUAAGCUGUGCACUAUCCAAAGAGAUAGAGCAUUCUUGUCACCUACCUUACCCCAUACAACUUCAGUCCAGUUUGGCCUUCCUGAGCAUCAGAUUUCUGUUUGCAAAAAAGUCACCAGAAAGGUGGUAUCCUUUGGAAGCAUGAGCCCAGACGCAAACCUUAACAGGGUUCAGUUUGGACCAAUUGGGCAUACGAGAAGUAGUAAUUAUAAAGAGAGUCCCUACAACGAAAAAGACCUCAAGUCCUUUGAGACAUCAAAUCUGAAGCAACUGUCUGGUCUGAAAUUGGGAAAUGAUUUAGAAUCUCCUCAAACCUUUAUUGAGAAAAAUAAGAUGAAAUAUACUAGUAAUAUUGCUAAAGUGAAGAGAAUAAAGUUUGCAAUAAACCGUGGAGAAACUUGUUUGAACUCCGCCAAAUUUCUUGUACAGGACGAAAAGAUCAAGGAACUUCAAAAGGAGGUUGCUCACCUUCAAGCUAAUAACAAGUCUCUUGUAGAGCAAAAUGAAUCGAUCCAGUCAAAGUACAGAAUCGAAAGCCAGUACAACUCUUUAUAUAUGUCUCUUAUAAAUAAAAAUUUGGAAGGAAGUAGCCAGAAAAAUAAGACAAUUUCAGAGAUUCUGGGAACCCUCAAAGUGCUUAAAAAAGAGGAUGCUAAAAAGACAGAGGCCAUAAAGAUCAAAGAAUAUGAGGAAAAGAUAUCAGCCUUAAAUGAGCAAAUAACCGGUUUAAAAAACCUUUGUGAGGAGCACAAAUCUCGAAUUGAAGAAGAUGGAAAAAUCUCUGAAGAAAACUCGCACUUACAAAAGAAACUUGAAAAGACCAUUGCAAAAUACAAGAGCAUUAAAUAAAGAAUCAAAAAAAUUACAGGAGUUUAACUCCGAUCUGAAAGAAGAGAUCAUACACCUGAAUAAGAAAAUAUCAGACCUCGACCAGACAAUAGAACUAAAAGCGACUAUCAUCUCAGGUUUUACCAAAGAGAAGGAAAUUAAUACUAAACGUAUCAAAGAGUUAGAAAAACAGCUGUAUAAGUUUGAGAGCAAUAACGACGUAUGAAGUUUACAUCCCUAUGAAAUGCACCAGAGGAUGCGAUAUUUUGAAAGCAUGUAUGAACUCACUAAUAACAAUUAUAACCAAGCUCAGAACUUCAUCGAUGAGCUGAACCAUUAUUUAUACAGAGUCGGCUUAACAUUUGAUCACUUAAAAGAAGCCUCAAGAAAAGGGAAGCUGGAAGUAGAGACUUACUCAUUCUCGAACAAUUUGAAAUCCCAGAUAAAAGAUAAAGAAAAGGUUAAAGAACGGAGGCUAUCUGAAAAUCAACCAAAAAAAAGCUCAAAAUCGUCUAUAACCAGGUUUGAGACUAUGAAAUCAACAGAGGAUAGUAUUCUAAACAUCAAAAAACUCAAGAACCAUACUGAGGAAAUCCAGGGAAGGAGAUUUACCAAGAGCAAUAAGGAAGAUGUACUGAGGGAAGAUUAUGAGGCAAAGAUUCCAAUAGACUUUCAGAUAUAAUAUUAACACUCUAAUCCUUUUCCUAGAAUCUGUUUA